UCCACUGUAAGUGUUUGGUCUGGUCACCAUGGAAAACAUUGACUACUCCCAGCUUGUCCACAACCUUUGUUAAUAUUACACCAAGAGCCCAUUUUCUCGGUUUUUCCUGCACUAAAAAUCUUGAGAUGAAGAGCCUCGAACUUAAGUCACACUCUGGAUAAUAAGCUUUGAUCGGAGAUACAGAUAGAGGGCUUUUUUAGAACAUGCACACCCACAGAAGCACAUACACACUCCACUGAGCUCUGAUUUGUGGAAUUGAUAGGGUCCAUUGUUUCCACAGAGCUUGCCACUCUAUGCCCUGUAAUGUAAUUAAGGCCAGGAGAUUUAUGCUGCUGUAUAGCAACCCAGAACCUGAUCCAUGUUGUGUCUGGAGUCGGGCUGAAAAGCCCUCUCUCUGUCCAGCUGCUCCUGAUUUCUGUUCUGGCCUCUGUCACUGUGUGAGGCUCCAGUGCUGUUCACUUGUUAAUUGAAAGCUUUGGUUCAUUGUGUGGCUUGUUUGUGUGUUGCAUGUAGAGGGAACACACAUUUGUAUCAAACUCAGAAGGGAAUAUUGACUUGUGUGUGCUUUUCUGCUUGCAAAGGAAACGACAUGCAUGAGAGAGUUGCACUAGUUUAUCAGGAUGGUAAUUAUUAACAGACAUAAGCUUUUCAAAUAGAGAGCACUUUUUAGCCUCCCACAGAGAGGCAUGCUCGGUUCCUCUACUCUUAAGUCAGGCCGCUACAAAGCUGGAAGGUAUGUUAUUGGACUUUUGUUCUGCCGAAAUAGCAGUGUUCUUGUUACUUCAGGACUUCAGUGAUGAAAUGUUAAAUAUUUUACUAAGACAAGUAAACGGAAAGACUAGAGCUCAUUGGACAUGUCUGCUGUCGAGAGAAGACGAGCUCAAGAGCCACACUGGAAAAACAGACCUUCCAGAAAUCAGGAUUUCAAGCUUCCCUGGAGGCUUCUGACUCGGCCCAGGCCUCAGGCCAUCAUGAGCACCUGGCUGCCUGAUGGCUCCUGCUCUGCACACCACGCUGACAGGUGUCCCACCUAUGUGUCUUUUGUCAGCAAAGCCAUCUUGUGGGAUAGAGGACUCUGCCACUACACUGCCCAUGAUCGUCCAAAUCCUCGUCCCUUAUUGUGUCCACGGUUCUUGUCUCACAUGAAAGCUCGUCCUGAGGACCUCAGACCUCCUUGUUUCCUGAGCUCCAAGUCCAGGCCACAGCCUCCAUCUCAGGGGAAGACACCGAAAACGCACACGCCCACUGCCCCAAAGACUCAGACGCUAGAGGGUUACUUCUAUCUCAAUCCCGGCAGAAGAAGAACUUGUGUGCAGAUUGAAGGAAGGCACUCUGUUGCUGUCGAUCCCUGUGUUCCCCACCCCGCCACUCCACCAUCAUCCACCGUUAAUCCAACGCCUCCCUACCAAAACACCCCUCCGCCUGACCGUGACAGACAACAAAGCAAGCCAAACACCGUGCCAGCACCUCUCUCCUACCAUAAUCCUGCUCCAGAGGAAAAAGAUAAAGGUCAGGAGAGGGAGAGAGUGAAACAACCUGCUGUGGUGUCCGUCACAGAGCUGGACUGGGAGAUGCAUCUUGGGCCUGCUGGACCAGAACGCUCGCCGCCCCCAGCCUCUACGAUCUCACACGGGUCUCUCUCAGAUUUAAGUCGCCCACCGUCCAGUCUGUUCAGCCGCAGCACUGACCUCGCCAGCGGCAGGAGCAGCAUCCUGUCUGGUGCAGAAAUGAGGGACUCUGACCCAGAAGGCAUCAGUUGUUUCUCCCCGCUCAAGCCUUCUCCAGUGAUGGAGUCACCUGUUGCUUCUUACCCUCCAGCUCGAUCUAACCCUCGCCCAUCAUCCGUGAAUGCUACGGCCACCCCUCCACUCUAUGAGCCGCUAUUUGGCCAAACCAAACCCCUCUCUCCUCGUCCAAAGUCAGUUAUCCUUACUAAGUCAGAUGAACCUUUGAGCAGGUGCGAAAGCACAAAAACACCAGAGAAUCUCCACCAAGAUGCAUCUAUAGAUCCUGAUCUCCACCCAUCCUUGGACUCUGAUCACGGCCUCAUUACCCUGGCUUUCCCCUCCGCUACUUGGUCUUCCUGCCCGAGUCCACAGAUGACCACUCCCCGCUCAGGGUCAGAACCAAAGCUGACCCCUUCUGCAUCGGUGACUCGGCUUGAGUCUCAUCGCUGGCCUGUCCUGCCUCCUAUCUCACCAGUCAGAGGACGCUGUGGCUCAGCAGCAUCACGCUACUCAGAGCUCAGCUGCAGUCGCUCUCACGUGUUUGACGAACUGGAGGCCAUUGCUCCGCGAUCCAUGUCUUGUACGUCUCUGGACCAGCCAUCAGACUCAUCCGGUCGCCCUUCACCCAUCACAGAGCUGUCUCCGGGCCUGGCAGCGCUGACGGUGGGCUGUGACUCCGGGAAUCUGGGCUCCCUGUCCCGGGUCCAGUUGCUCCUCCUGGACCGACCGGAGCCCGAGACCCUGCUGAGUCCCUUCAGUCAGGAAGAGGAGCUCUCGCCGGUGGAGGACUGGUCCGUUCUCAGGAUGCAGUAUGAUCCAGAUUUGACUUCAGCAGGUGUUUCGAGGCCCCUCACAGCUGGCAGCAUCUCCGAAAGGUGUGACUCUGCAGGGAAAGUCCAGGAAAACAAAUCGGAUCAGUCUGAAGGAGGUUCUGGGUCACCAUCUUCAUGGAUCAUAGACCCGAGUCCAUCGUGCAACAUGUUCCGAUCCACCAAUUCUCCCUGUGAGUCCAUUCACGAUAAAGGAGGCCACACAGAGGAGGAGGCUGUUUAUCCGGGAUGGAGGGAAGUCGAGUCCUCGGCUGGAGGAAGGAGGCCCAGGAGUCUUGACCACAAACUCGAAGAAAAGGACAGAAGGAUGGGGGAGAGGACAACAAAGGUGCUGAACAUACUUUCCAAACUGCAGGAUACCACACCUCGUCAGCCAAAAAGCAACAAAGAGCACUCCAACUUUGAGGACUUCGACUUUUUGGCAAAGUUUUGCAUUUUCAGUCAGGAGAAGCUGGCUGAGUACAAAAGAGCUUUUGAAACAGAGGACGAUGAUGGUGACGGCUACAUCUCCUGCCUUCAAGUUCUACUUGCUCUUAAAAACAUCAUCCCUCCAGAGCUGCUGUCUGACGAAGAAGAGAUCUACGUGUACAGGAUCUUGGAGAUGGUGGACUUCAGAGUGACAGAUGGGCUUGUGGAUCUGAGGCUCUUUGCUGUGAUUGCUAGUCUGGCUCAGAAAAUAGCCACCAUGGAUGAGUUCAUGCGAUCACUUAUCACCAACAUGGACUUCCGCUCGUUAGAAGUGAGGCUCUUCAAAGCAAAGCAACUGUUCCUGUUCCUCAUGGAGGAGCAGCGAGGAGACGCUGGAGCUCAGCAGGGCUUCAUCAGUGCAGAGCAGCUGCUGUUGGAGCUGAAGGCUGGGGGGAUCCACCUGGAGCAGGAGGCGGCCAUCAGACUGGAGCUCCAGCACGUUCCCCCCCUGGACCUGCUGGACUUCCUGGCUUACCUGCCCCUCUUCAUACUCAUUCACAAGUCGGUCAUCUCCAACCCUCUCGAUGAUUCCAGCCACCUCUGACCUCCGUCACUGCACCGUCUUCCCUGUGUGGCUUAGGUACCAGCAUUACUGCCACUGCAGUUAUCUGGACUGUAGUGUUGUGUGAAAAGAUGACACGCAGGAAACAGAGACACUUAAAUGUAAGGGAGCAAAUUAGGCACUGUAGUCAUUUCUCAUCCUAUAAGGAAAGUUAACAAUUAUGAUCUUUAAGGCCCGGUCACACCACAAUUUAAAGUAGUGAAAUUUCAUAGAAAUGUUUUAAUCCAUUCCAAUAGGAUCGCCAUGAUCAGGCUGCCUUCCCGUUGUGUUGUUUAAACCGUAAUUACGAGCAGCAGAGGAGAAAACCAAUCACAUCAGCCUCUCCUUGUCGGAGAUUUGGAGACUGGAAAAAUGGCUGCAAAUACACAACUGGCAGUAAAAUAGAAUUAAAGAAAGAAGGAGUAGGAUUUGUCGGUUGCGGUAUUUAAGCACAACAUUCAAAGUAGGCACCCUUCUCCUGGCUGAAUGAAAGCCAACCCCAGAUUCACUCUCGUUUUGGAGUGAGGUUUAUCAGCUUUGAGUUUUGUCUCUUGCUAUAUAUAUAUAUAUAUAUAUAUAUAUAUGCAAAGAGAAAAUUCAGGUGAAAGGAAGGGAGUCUGUACAAAGUACAUAUACUGAACAAAAUUAUAAAUUAUGAAAUCUAGUGUUUGGGUUGGGGUUCAUCCGAGAAGAGAACACCUCUCAGUGAGCAUUUGCCCACUCAAGUCAGUUAUGAGAGAGAGAGAGAGAGAGAGAGAGAGAGAGUGACAGUGACAGUGACAGUGACAGUGUGUCUCUUUCAAGAGAGAGUAUCUGUUCAGCCACUAUUUGCUGCCGAAUGAGAUAACACAAAGGUGUCUGAGGCUAUGGCCCACUGAUGAAAGCUGUUGUAUUUACAAUAUUACAAACUGGGUGUCUGUGGAGACAUUCCUGGGAAAAAUCACUAGUGGUGCACAUUUAGUGAAGCGUUGUCCAUCACCCAGUCAUAAUUAGUCCACCAGAGAGGGCAGGGGGAGCUAACGCAAAAUACGCUCACAUCUGCAAUUACUGCUUAUCGCCACAGGUGCUGCCAAUGAGAAUGAAACAGAGAUCGUCAAGAUUGGAGAAUUGAAGAAUUAUUAAAGUUUUGUAACAAUAUGCGAUAUGAAACCGAAAUACGCGACAAUGGUUUGUGGAUCGGAGUGUUGUGGAAUGAGAAGACACAAUCACAACACACCCCUUCCAACUACCAGAUUACUAUUGGUAUUAGUCGUUUUGGUGCCUUAUUGCCCUUUUGUCGGGUAAAUUUAGCUAAUUGUAAAGACGGCUAAAAGCAAUGUUUAAACCGUAAUGAUUAAACCAUUAAACACUUAGUUGAUAGAUAGAACUGUUUGGAUGGUUUCCAUGUUCUAAAAUGUGAGGAUUCUUCUGCAUUGAGUACUUUUACUCUCAAUACUUUAAGUACAUUUUCAUGAUGAUACAUACAUACUUUUACUUAAGUAACAUUUGAAAAGCAGGACUUUUACUUGUAGCAGAGUAUUUAAACAGUGUGGUAUUAGUACUUUUAGUAAAGGACUGGAUCUGAAUACCUCUUCCACCAGUUUUGACAUUCAAAUAAAAGAGAUGGCUGUGGGCAGCACCAUAACCCCUAAAUCAUUGUUAUUAUAUGAUUUGUGUCUCUUUAAACUACAGUGUGUAUUGAAUGCUUGACAUAAAGCCUUUCUUUCACACAUAGAUUUAUGAUGUAAACGUAGAGAGGACAUUCGGUGCUCCUAGAUUGAUGUUUACAAUGCCAUUUCACUUUUACUUUUUCAGAGUCCUUGAUAUUUCCAUCCUUAAUUGGAUAAUGUGAGACACAUUUAGGAACCGCUACAAAAAAAAGCCAUAUUUAAUGGCCCACAUAGGCCUACAUGCCAUUUCAUAGAGCUUUAAAAGUGCUGUCUAUGGUCCUGAAAUGUUCUGCAGCAGUGGAUGUUGAUUAUUUUUCACUGCAGUUUGACAAGGCUUUAAAAUGCACCAUAGCAUUAGAUAAAACUUCCCAAAUCAUACUACAAACUCGCCCGGGUGUGCUGCUUCAGGGUCGGGGCUCAUGUUAAUCUUCUGAUGCAACAACUGCUUAUUGUUCUGGACUAAAAAACAACAUUUGAGCCGCUCAGACUGUUGUCUUCUUCUAUCCAACUUAAUCAACACUGAUGAAUGAUAUUCAAUGAGAUAUUCAACUAAUAUAGUUUGAGCCAUUGUUUUGCCACAGGUUUGCCAAUUAGACAUGGCCAUGCUCUCCUGCGGUUCAUACAUGCUUGACAGACUGCCAAUGAAGAAAACUUAAUGGACUGUGACAGGCAGCAAACCGGGAUUGUUAGAUCAGGGAAGUCAUGUACGCAGCAUAUGUCAUCAUGGAAAAACCCUCCAACAAACAAGACUGGGAUUCUACACCCUAACUUUUGCUUUAAAAAAUACUCUUCACACAUUGAACACGGCCAAAGAUUAUUAUAUUAAAGAUUAUUAUCAGUGUUUGUCUUCAGUAUCCUCCAGUACUUUUGCCUUUUCUUCCCUCGGUUGCAAUAACGCCCUUAUUUUACUGUGACCUUUAGUUAUUACAAUAUGUCACUAAAAGGUGAAGAAAUAACGUAGUAUGGGUAGGAUAGGAUGAAUUUGUUCCUAUAAUUCCUGUUGAUAACUUCCCUGAUGGUUUUAUUACUCUUUUAAAAUGACUGGAGCAAUUCUGAGAGGGUUUAAGUCUCUAAGGAAUGAUCCAAUACGUAGCUUAGUGGGGUUCUUGAGAACACACUUUGUGUUUAUUUUAACAGUUUACAUACUGUUAUUGCUAAAUUGUUGCAUGAUAGCAUUGUGCUACAUUUUGUUCAGGACCUCUGCAACAGUACAGGGGAAAUAUUUGCCCCAAGUGGCUGUAUGCAGGUAGGUUUGUCUGUGGCUUGCAACAUUGUACUAUCACUAUCAGCAGAGAUCACAGUUACUGUUUUAUCAGCUCCAAGAAAGAUGUUCAGGUUUUUUUUGCACACUGAUUGGUAAAGUCAAGAAAUGAUGCUGAGGUCUAGUUUUCUCUCAGACCAAUUGAAUUACAAUAUGCAGAAAGAUUAUUAUGGAUUUUUUUUAAAUAAAGUUCUUCCACUAGCUUUAGUCAAACACUCAGUUUACAUGUUGUUGGGUAGUUUAUUAAUUAUAUAAUAGUAUGUUUGUAACCGUUUAUUUCACUGACUAUAUUAGACGUGAAUAGUUAAAUCAUCAUCAUUUUUUUUUUUGUCCAAAUAAAGUUGAGAAAUGAAGAUGUUGAUGUGACUCACAGCUUUGCAUGGUGUCAUGAUAGAAGCCUGGGUUUGUUAUACAUAGAAGUUUGAGGUAUAUUCAGACAUACAAGAGAAGAGUAAAGUAAAAUGCACUUCUUAUGGUGUUUGUCAGAAUUUAAUAUAGGUUCAAUUUACUGAGGUUCACACGCAUUUUUGAUAUAAACAAAACAUUGCAUCAGGAAAAUAACAUGUAGCUGUUGUCUUGUAGUUUGUGAAUGAAAAAGCCUGUCCAUUAAUUUGGGAAUGAGAGCAGGACCGGAUAAUACGGGU